AUGAUUUUCAGUAGCAAUUCUCAAUUUAAAUGGGUUGUAGAAGUGCAUGAAGCAGUGAACAAAAAAUCAGUUAAGUUCACCAAGAAUGACAAGAGGAGAGUGCAAGCAAAAUGUAGAGUAAACCAUUGCAAUUGGGUCAUUUUUGCUUCAAGGAGUAACCCAAGUUGUCCAUUUACCAUAAAGUCAUUUGGUAAACAUACUUGUGGAGCACAACAAAAGAACAAAACUAUAACUUCAAGGUUUUUGUCUAAGUAUUAUAAGGAGGAAUUUAAAGAUAAUGAAAAUUGGGGUAGGAAGGAAUUCCAAAGGAAAGUGAAAAGGACAUUUAGAUGUAAUGUGUCUAAGUAUCAAUCUUAUAGAGCAAGGAGAAAUGCCAAGGAAUCAUUAAUUGGAAUGCAGGCAGAACAGUUUAACAUGUUAUGGGAUUAUUGUGAAGAGCUUAGAAGAAGCAAUCCGGGUUCAACUGUUAAGAUGAAGUUAGACACAACUGAUAGGGAAGGUAGUAGGUGCAGAUUCCUCAGAUUAUAUGUCUGUUUUACAGCAUGUAAACAAGGGUUUUUGGCUGGAUGUAGGCAAUUGAUAGGAAUUGAUGGUUGUCAUUUGAAGGGGUUCCAAAAAGGAGGACAACUUCUAGCUGCAGUAGGAGUAGAUGCUAACAAUUGCAUGUUUCCAAUAGCAUUUGCAGUUGUAGAAGGUGAAACAAAAGAGACAUGGACAUGGUUUCUUCAAUUCCUUGCAUCUGAUUUGGAAAUUCAUAGUAACCCUUAUGGCUGGACAUUCAUAUCUGACAAGCAAAAAGGAUUGGUUAAAGCUGUUGAAGAGGUAUUUAAGAGAGUAUUCUGGGCAGCUUGCAAAGCCACUACAGAACCAGAAUUUAAGCAGCACAUUGAGGCAAUGCAAGUGUUAAAUCCAAAGGAAGCUGAGUGGGUUAGUGAAAGGUCUCCACACCAUUUCUGUCGAGCUUUCUUUGACACAUCUACUAAGUCCGACAUGUUGUUGAACAAUUUGUGUGAGUCCUUCAAUUCUUCAAUCUUGAAUGCUAGAGACAAACACAUUAUAACCAUGGUGGAGUGUUUAAGAAUAUAUCUUAUGAAAAGAAUGCAACGUAAUAGGGAUAAGAUGAGGAACAAUCCUAUGAAGAUUUGUCCAAAGAUUGUAAAAAGCAUUGAACAAAACAAGGAGAAAAUAGGUGGCUACAUUUCUUAUAAGUCAAAUGACGAAUGGUGGCAGGUUGAGGAUGAUGAUUUGAAGUUGUUUUGGGUGCACUUAACCACUUGUUCUUGUUCAUGUAGAAGAUGGGACUUGACAGGCAUUCCUUGUGUACAUGCAAUUUCUGCAAUUUCAGAAAAUGGUCAAGAUCCUAUAGAGUAUACAAAUUGGUUUUAUUCAGUGGAGGCUUAUUUGAAGAGUUAUGAACCAGCUAUUCUGCCCAUCUCAUCUUCAGAUCAAUGGAUAAAAACAGGAGCACCACCACCCUUGCCUCCCAAAUAUAAGCCCCAGCCUGGAAGACCUAAAAAGUUAAGAAGGAAAGAUCCUAUUGAGAAGGAACAUGUGCCGACUAAACUUGGAAGGAUAGGAGAAAAGAAAAAGUGUGGACUUUGUGGCCAACAUGGACAUAACAAGAGAAGAUGCAAGGCAUCCAAAGAGAAUACAACUAUAUCUACUGUUGAAGGGUUUAACCAGCAGCAACAACAAAAACAGGCUAUAAGGACAUCUCAAGCUGCCCCACUUGAUACUCGGAGCACAGAAAAAGCAAGUACAUCAACUACAAAGAAAAGUAGGAAACAACUCCACCCCAAGCAAAAACUGAGAAAGAAGUAG